AUGUGGUGCAACAACGAGAAGCUCUCCAAAAAAUGUGGAUUUGACAAAUAUUGUGAUCGGUUUCGGAACGCCACUUAUAAUCAACCUAUCAAUAUUACGCUCUUGGUCGAGUCGCUGUGCAUCCAUUGUCAGCGAUUUUUAGUCGAUCAGCUCUAUCCCAUCAUUUUCCGAAACUUCGCUGAUGUAAUAAGGAUUCGAAUCGUACCAUUUGGUAAUGCGCAUAUUAAGAAUGGUACCUUUUUCUGCCAGCAUGGAGAAGAAGAAUGCAAAAUCAAUAGAUAUCAAUCUUGUUUAUUUGAUGUGAUCAAGUCGCAAAACAAGUUUGUACCACUGAUGCACUGCCUGGAGGAGCAGCUAAUGAAUAAUGCUUCAUUCAAAAACGCAAAAUCCAUUUGCUUUGCAAAUCAGUCCGUCAGCGAAAGCAUCCAAGAAAAGAUACAGAAAUGUUUUGAUUCCAAGUGUGGCGACGAACUACAAUUGGAAGCAGCAAACGUUACAGAUAAUGCUUGGCCAGACAAGAAAACCAGUGUUCCGUGGGUGAUAAUCAAUGGAGUUUCUUUGGAAAGCCUACAAGAUAAAAUAAACAAUUUGGCACCACAGCUAUGCGAGUGGUACAACGGAAGCAAAAACAUCUCCUAUUGUGCCGAAAUUGCAGAUGAAGCGCACAAAACAAAACGAUCAUUUCUGAGAUGA